AUGUCCUUCUACCUCGACGUCUCGGACUUCACCGCAAACUACCGCCGUGCCGAGAAGGCCGGCGCCUUUUCCAAGAUGGACACCGUCAGAGAGACCCUCGCCAGUGCUUACGGCCUGUAUAAUGCCUUCCUGGCUCCAGGCUCGCCAUGCGAGCUGAACAUCGACCAUGCUCUGCGCAACAGCCUGGCCAGUCGCAUGACCCGCGCGGUCGGCGACGACGCCUCCAUGGUCAAGUCCCUCACCGACGUCGUCCAGCUGUUCGAAGCCGCCCAGCUCUCCGUUUUCAAACUUAUGUCCUCCGACUCCGUGCCGAAGUUCGCUCGUGAUCCGAAAUAUGCUGCCGUCCUCCAGGAACACGACUUUGACCUCAACCCAACCACAAGCGGCCGAUCAUACUCGCCUACCCCCUUGCCCGAACGGUCCAUGAGCAGAAGUACCCGAUCAUAGACCCACCGAUCCCGAUAGAUCUCUGAUUCGUUCCUUCUCACUUUUUCUUCUUCUUCUUUCUUGACGUACAACCACGGACACGGCGCGGAACUCCUUUUUUAGACGGCACAAACAGCGACUUGCACUAUCAUCCAUCCAUCCUACCAACCAAGCAAGAAAUGUCCUUUCUAUCUUUAACGCAUCUCUUGAAAAAGUACCACCCCUUUACGAAUCUCCUCGUCUCCUCACUUUCUCACGUCCUGUUCCUUUUUUAUUCUUUUUAUUAUAU